UUGCAAACAAUUAGUUUAAUUGAUAUAAUAAUUAAAAUACAUUUAAUGUCAUAAACACGUGGACUAUAUAUAGAGAGACAGCACUACUAUCGCCAACAUUUGGUCACAACAUUCAACGGAUCGGCAUUUGGUCCGUGUUGCGGAUCUGAUGCAAUAGUUGUGAUGAUUGUGUGACAAAUGAUAUGACCACCACUGCCACACUUUAAGGCACAUCACUAAAUCACUUCCAGACGUCCGCCAACUGAUCCAAACAAAUGGGUGAUAACAAGAAGUCCGAUCACAACUUGACACCUGUUCAGCGACUGAUGAGCUCUUGUGUUGGCGCCACUGUCACCUCCCUCUGCACCACUCCUUUGGAUGUUGUGAAGACCCGACUCCAGGCCCAGCAAAAGGCGUCGCUGACGGCGACAAAGAAACCUACGGUGACCUCAGCGGUGGCCAAACAGGCGUCCGGACACUUCGGCGAGACCUUUGAAACGUUUGUGAAGAUCAGUCGAGCGGAAGGCGUGACCGUUCUGUGGAGUGGACUCCCGGCCACACUGUUU